UCUCCCCUAGGUUGUUUCAGAGGAUACUCUCCUUUUUCAAACAGAGAUGUACUUUAACCCUAGGAAUCUACAUUGUGACCAUCAGAAGAUCCCUUUGGAAUGUUCUGCCUCUAGUUCAUGGUUUCAGGAUCCUUAUCUGUUGCAGCUGGGAGAAACCCCACAAGAGUGUUGGUGCAAAUCACUUUUGGAAUGAGUAUUGCCAGCACUGCUCUGGAUCUAGUUGGGUUUGUUUUCCUCUCAGUAAAUUUGGCAGUUAAUAAGCAGUCUUUCAAGAGUUGUGAGUCUUCACAGUCACAGGACUUAGGCAUUUUCGUGGGCAUCUUUUCAAACGGCCUGAUGUCCCUAAUGCUGAUCCUUACCUUGCUGGAAUUAUGCAUAAGCAUCUCUGUCUCAGCCAUGUGA